CAUGAUGUGGCAGCGUUGACCCCAAAGCCCUUACAUUGUAUGCUAUCGUUCGCCCCAUUUGCUUGGUGGCCUCUAUCUUGCUCAAUGCCUGACAGACUUCCACAGCAUCCAUGCCUCGAGCCAACAACAAGGCCACCCUACCGGCGAGACCGGCCGUUGCGCCCUGGACCGCUUCUAGAUGCAACAGAACCCUUCGACAGGUCACAACUUUCGUGAACCGACUGGAGAAAUGGCAUAAGGCAUAUUUGGCAGCGCAAGAGGAAGCCAAGGAAGACAAUUGUGAGGAUGAUGGACAUGUUGGUGCAAAGGAAGAAGAUCUCGCCGCGUCGCAGCCUGACUGGCUAGUAUCCAAUGCAGCGCAGAAAAGGCUCAAGCCGAAAAGGACAUAUUUAGCCCGCGGCAAGAAGUCACAGGCACGACAGGCUUCCUUGUGUCUGCCCAAUGCUGGACGCCCAGCCGAGAAGACACCUGCGAAGAAGACCAUCCCGGUGAUCCCGGGCGACCCUGUGUCUAGCAGUUUAUCCAGAGGCACCGACACGGAAGGGCGUGCUGAGAACAAGAAGUUGAAGAGCAAGAGCCUAAACUUUGUUGGAAGUCGCGAUACUACUGAGAGUGGCGGUACUAUUCGGUUACACAAAUGGACGGCACAAACCGUGCACCUCGCUCCAGAAUACGAGCGCAUCAUGCAGACUGCUACCUCCACCAUCUUCUCAUUCUUGGUUGCAACUUCCGAGCCCAAAGACCCGUCUCAGUGGGAUGAUCGCGCUGUGGUUAAUCCGAGUGAUUGCAUCCGGAAGGGCUCCAGAUCCUUGUUUGACAUGUGUCUCCACAAACUGUCGAAGGAUAUGGUCGGGCAGCAGAAGCAGUACGACGCCAACAAUGACGGGUUCAACGGCCAGUUUGAUGCGAUAGGGUUCCAAUUGCAAGAACUUGAGGACUAUUUUGGAGACUCAAAGUCCGGAUGGCCCCUCCUCAGAUGUGUCACCCGAGUAUGCGGUAUCCAUAUGGUGGCCAAUCUGGUUGAAAUGCAGGCCCUUCCAGAAGCUAUGGCAAUGGAUAUCAUGGUCCGGUCUUAUGACAGUCCUCUCCUUUUGGAUAUUGCGCCGGCCAUCUUACAAGCCCUGGUUAACGUGCACUUGAGCAGUGACAGUCUCGAUCUGGAGUUCCAUGAUCUGCCGCUGUACACUGAGAAUUGGGGACCCACCUCGCCCUUGCUGGCAGACAUGGAGCGGCACCGGAUGGGCGUGACCUGGACGGUCCUCGCACUACAGAGUCAAGAUUCGGUUGCGGUUGUAUCUCGGUUCAUCAGGUAUAAGCACCUGUUGCGGCUACUGGUGAUGCUUUGCAACGGAUCUAAAAAAGUAUCUCAUCUGCCAUCUACAUCCCCAUCUGAGUUUCUCGAAGCGAUCUACAGUGGAGCGUUGUCACGCGGACACAAGCACACUGAUCUUUACCAGAACCUGAGAAAGGACAAACGAAAAACCGAUGUCGUGCAGGAAGAUGUAACCCGCCCAUGUCACCAUCAAACGCUCUCGGAAGGAGUGGCGAACCGGCUGAAUAUGGCUUUCACGGUGCUGUCGACAACAGCUCACAGUGAGCGCACUGCUGGGGCAGCCCGCGAAGUGAUGGAAAGAAUCUCGAAGAAGGCGCAGAUCCUCUACGAACUCGACCAGGACUUUGCCUUGACCGAGUAUCAGCUGCACCUGAUGGCUCAUAUUUUCUUCUCUAAUAUGUGCCAGCUAGUGCUUAAUCGACGCCCUGUGCCGGAUAAUCUCUUGACGAGUUUCGAGUCUCUGCUACACACCAUCGAAUGUUGCACGUCCGGAUCGUGGCGGGUUCUGCGUGGCGACUUCGUUAUUACCCUUCUUGCUCAGAGGUUGGAUUCGGCUGGACUGCAGGAUCUGGUCCAAAGGUUCUUGUGUCUAGACUGUUGUGGAUGCAACAUUGUGGAAAACCUGCUCGCAGAUGUGGGAGCAAGCGCUGCCAUGGAUUAUGCCGCGGGGCAUAAUGACGAUCUUGCUAUGCUGGUUUGGGCAGCCGAAGUCCACAAAAUAUCCCAAGCGAAGAUGGAGCGGAGAACGAAAGAGCCUCAGACACCUGCAACGAGAAGGAAAGACAAAAUCGCUUACCGGUGGGAUGAAGCCAUUGAAGAAUGGAUUGCCCAAACCCCAGAAACGCUGGCAAAACUUCGGAGGACAGGCACUGACAUUGAUCCCGCUUCCAGUGACAGUACUGGGAGGUCUGGGCUCAUGAAGCAUCCAUUUGGCAGAGAUCAUGUGACCGCUUCGGUUACUAGUGACUAUCGAACGGCUCUGCAGCCGAUCGUGAAUGAUAGUAGUAACAGGAAGCUGAUUCAUGGCAACUUGAACGGUAUGAAGCGAAAGAGUGAACCAUCUCGAUCAGGGGGGUGCCGGGAUGACAAUCAUCCGCAAACAAAGAAGCCAAGGCGGUACGUAAGUUUCAGCAACAUUAACAAGGGUCUGGGCAAUGGAGAAGGGCAUAAAAUUGAGCUUGAGGACGAAUCCGAGGAUGAAUUAAGCUUGCUUAGGUAGCAGCAACGUGUGUAGCAAUCGGCGCCGAUAAUAGCAUGUUGUGCUCUGCUCUCUCUAUAUGCGUACACGUUAGUACUGUAGACAGGUAUGUUUCAUGGCCCUUGC